AUGGGCAUCGGCGAUAUCGUGACCGAGAAGAAGAAGCAGGUAGACGAGUGGUUGAAGAACCAAUCUGUGCCGGUGGAAAUUGCCGCGAUUUCGGCCGGGAGUGCCGUGCAAGGUGGCGUGCUCGGCUUCGUGCUCGGGACGGUGAACAAAAACCUCGCGGAACAAGCGGCGACGAACCCGGCGAUGGCGAAUCAACCGGCGAUGUCCGGCGCCAUGUCGGGACCGCCGCACGUGUUGGCGGUGAACUUAGCGGUAUUUACCGCCGUCCAAGGCGGGUUGACGUGCUGGAUUAAGAAGAUGAACAAAUUUUCAGAGAUUGAAACCGGGAUGUUGGCUAUGUUUGGCGCCGGCGCGGCGCUGUCGGUGUCGUCGAGUUUGAGCGGGCAGAAGGCGGCGUUUGGAGGGCAGGACGCGGCGAUACCGGAAGGGCCGAUGCAGAUUGCGCAAGAGGCGGUGAAAUCGGGCGUUUUGUUUUCGCUCUUGAACGGGGCCUUUAUGAAGAUUGGUCAGUCGUUUUCUGGGAAGAAUGAAAAGACGGACGUGUUUUAUUCGCACGCGGUUGGGAUGUUGACGGCGCUCGGGUUGGAGAAGUACGAGAAGAAUUUUAAGAGAGGGUUGUUGACGGACGAUUGUUUGCUUUUGUUGAACGAUAACGCGUUGCAAGAGGUACGAAUUCCGCCGGGACCGAGGUUGAAGAUUUUAAAUUACGUGGCGGGGAUGCGCGUGGCGCAGCAACAGCAGCAACAGGCGAUGAGUUUGGCCGUGAAACCGUAA